AUGGUUGAAAAAGAGCAAUCGCCAAAAGAGCUCAUCAGCACUGGAUCGUACGGCGCCGUCUACAAGGUAAACCUCGACGCCGGGUGCAUGGAGAAGGAUCCGAUGAUGCGUCCGGAGGCCCAAGUCAUGUAUGAUAUCUUUCAGGGACUGGAUUUCGGUUUCGAUGAAGAUCCGUUUUGGCGUCGAGGCAAUACCAUACUCUACAAAGUGAUCGGACUUGAUGGAAGCGACAUUCAGAGCGCGGUGCUUGGUGCUGAUGGACAACAGUUCGAGGGGCAUUCGCUGCUAAUCAGCUGGUCUUCACACAGCACAUACGGUUCCGCACACGUGCUUCAAUGUCGAACUUCCGCAACGAUCGAUGCGGAGCGUGAAAGCAAAUGGCCGCUGUUCAGUGACUGGCUCGAAAAGUCAAAAACAAAGCCGGACUUUGACGAUAGCAUUCUGAUGUGCAAAAAAGCAUGUGCAGAUCUAAAAGAGCUUUUUCUUGGAGAGGAAGGCGACGAAAUCGAUGCCGCCUUCGAAAUGUAUCCAAAAGCAAAAUUAUUGUUUGACGGUGACAAUCUGCAUGGGAAGAACAUUAGCCUAUGGCGUCUUGAUGAAAUCGAUGCCUUCAAGCAAACUUUCUCCGGCAAUGACUUUACGGUAUAUGAAAACGAUAUGAAAGAGCCGAGCUGGUCUAUAAAAGAUCAGAUGACGAUGCGACAACUCGAUCUAGCGGGUGGUCCACUGGAUUGGCCGCGAUUUAAUGUUGUGUUGUUCAUUGAGGAAAAGAUUCGAUUUGCCUGCAUCCUAUUCGCCGUUCGUGUCCUGGCGGCUGCCAACACAAAUUUGUUUUCGACCGUGGAAUGGAGAAGGGUUUUGAACGUGAAGAAGAUUCGUGUCACCGACCACUACGAAAAGUACGAAAUCAGAGCGUCGGCGUCAUCUUUCGGAUAUUGGAAUCGGGAACGAAGGCCAUUUCCGCAGGAGUUGGACAAACUCCUUCUCAGGUCGGAGCCGAAACCUGGCUACGUCUUCUCCAGCCAGAUACCACCAUUUGUCCAAUAUGCGCCUGAUUUCCAAGUAGGGAGUUCCGAUGCCCCGGAUUCGCAGUAUCUGCGCCAUGAUUGGCCAGAAUGGAAAUGUGAAGAAGUAGAUGCUCGGAUCGAACUCGUGUUUUUGCGUCCGGGCAAGGAAUAUGAUGAAAGAGGCCGUUGUAUGGAUGAAAACUUUGCGGAGAUGGUGGAGCAAAUUCCUUCAGCGGAGGGCUCGACCACGUGCUCUGAAGGUUAUGGAAUGGAUGGUUCAGCAAUAUUGAUCUUGCCAUCUUUCGAUGCAGAAGACAUGUACGAUGAGCAGGAUCCACCCAGUGGUUGGGAAGAAGAGCUAGAAAAUUCAGUGCCCGAACAUAACCCAGAGAUGUAUUGCCUGACGCAACUGCGCUUCGAGUCGCUGUUGCCAAUGCUCGCCUUAAUGGAUGCAAAGCAGCCUAACAUCGGUAUCAGCUACCGUAGCUUCCACAAUAAACUU